AUGCCCCCAGGUCCUGCUAGCAAGAAUUGCAUUAACGCGUUAUUAUUAUGGUGGAAUCGAAAAGUUUUCGGCUCUCAUAACGCUAGCAACUACAGCCCCCAGGAUUACGCAAGGACAUUGGUGUCAAAGCUUGAGGCACAAAGAGUCACUCAAGAACGUAUAUCGUUGAUCUAA